UCAGAAUCUAGUGUCUCUAGUACUGUCUGCUUGACCAUAUUACAUUAGGGUUAUGAGUAAAAGCAGCAUGUAAACAAGUUUCCGUUAUACUUUUUUGACAGAGGACUAUUUCUAUCUUUAACAUUUUUAGUACUAUCUUGUUGAAUAAAAUAUUUAUCAAUAUGAAUCCUAUGACAAACAUAAAAAAUGUCAUUAAACUCAGCGAGCAGGAAUUACAAACAAAAAACAAAACUUCUUGGCAUGACGAGUACAAAGGCAGUGCUUGGAUAUUUGUUGGUGGAAUGCCGUAUGACUUGACAGAGGGUGAUGUGAUUGCUGUAUUCUCACAAUAUGGAGAAAUAGUAAAUAUAAAUCUUAUAAGAGACAAAGACACAGGAAAGUUUAAAGGAUAUGGCUUCUUGUGCUACGAGGAUCAAAGGAGUACUAUAUUAGCUGUUGAUAAUUUGAAUGGAAUAAAAAUUUUGGGCAGAACGAUACGGGUGGAUCACGUGAAGGAUUAUAAACCUCCAAAAGUAGGAGGAAAGAAUCAAGAUGAAGAAACCAAACGGAUACGAACCGAAGGAUGUGGACCUAGCACAUAUCAUUGAAAAUAAGUUAGAUUUAUGUUAACAUUUUAACAUUUUUAUUCAAAAAUAUGU